ACGGAGACGGUUUUUAACCGCCUUCCGUUGCCGCCGUUGCUCAACGACCGUUACGCGGCGGUGCGCGCGGCUUCUCCGCACACAGGCGCGCGGGAGCGCCUCAGUCCCCGUCCCUCCGCUGGGGCUCGCCGAGGGACCGGCACCGCCUCGGGGCCGCAACACCGAGGCCCGGCAGAGGCCGACCCCUGCUCCCCACGCCGCUUCCCGACCGCCGACUCGUACCUCGGCGGCGCCGCCUGGCGGCCGCCGCACCACCGUGCCCGGAUACCGCGGGGGCUGCAGCGGCGCCGUGCGCCCGCUCGGCCCCGUCGUGCUGUCGUCCCCCGCUUCCCCCGCCGUGCCUUCCCUCCCACCCCCGGCAGAGCGGCGGCUGCAUGGGGCGGCGCUGAGCGGCAGCGGCGGGCAGCCAUGCUGUCGAGGAAGGGGAUCAUCCCCGAGGAGUACGUGCUGACCCGGCUGGCGGAGGAUGUGCCGGAUCAUGCCCGGUAUCGCGCACGGGAGCGUCGGGCGCGUUUUGUGGGCAAGAACGGUGCCUGCAACGUGGCCCAUAAAAACAUCCGGGAGCAGGGACGCUUUCUCCAGGACGUCUUCACCACCUUGGUAGACCUCAAGUGGCAUCACACACUGCUCAUCUUCACCAUGUCCUUCCUCUGCAGCUGGUUGCUCUUCGGCAUGGUGUGGUGGCUCAUCGCUUUCGCCCACGGAGACCUGGAUCACAGCACCCGGCUGCAGCGUGACCCCAGAGAAGGGGUAGAAGGGGCCCCGGCCACCUUUGUUCCCUGCGUGACCAGCAUCCACUCCUUCACCUCUGCCUUCCUCUUCUCCAUCGAGGUGCAAGUGACGAUUGGCUUUGGGGGACGCAUGGUGACAGAGGAGUGUCCCGCCGCCAUCCUGGUGCUGAUUGUGCAGAACAUCGUGGGGCUGGUGAUCAAUGCCAUCAUGCUGGGCUGCAUCUUCAUGAAGACCUCGCAAGCCCACCGCCGAGCUGAGACCCUCAUCUUCAGCAAGCACGCGGUCAUCGCCCUGCGGGAGGGCAAGCUCUGCUUCAUGCUGCGGGUGGGGGACCUCCGGAAGAGCAUGAUCAUCAGCGCCACCAUCCGCAUGCAGGUGGUGAAGAAGACCACCAGCCUGGAGGGGGAGGUGGUGCCCCUCAACCAGAUAGACAUCCAGAUGGAGAACCCUGUAGGGGGCAACAGCAUCUUCCUCGUCUCCCCACUCAUUAUCUACCACGUGAUAGACAAAAACAGCCCCCUCUACGACAUCUCCCCUGUAAACCUUCACCACCAUGAGGACCUGGAGAUCAUCGUCAUCUUGGAAGGGGUGGUGGAGACCACUGGCAUCACCACUCAAGCCAGAACCUCCUACCUGGCAGAUGAAAUUCUCUGGGGUCAAAGGUUUGUGCCCAUUGUGGCAGAGGAAGAUGGGCGAUACUCUGUGGACUACUCUAAAUUUGGCAACACAGUGAAAGUGCCCACGCCUUCAUGCACUGCUAGGCAGCUGGAGGAGGACAAGAGCAUUAUGGAUACCAUGCCGUUUUCCCCUAAAGGCACAAUAAGGAAGAGGUCUGUGAAGCUAAAGCCCAAGUUUACCAUAAGCGAUGAGCCUUCCUGAUGCCUUUUGACUGGGAAACUCUGUUAGGGCUUUGUGUCUGAAAGAUCCCAUAAACUCAAAACACUGAGGUGGCCUCUUACUUUUUUUUUAAAUUCAGGUUGGUAGCACAAGGUAUGUUCUGGUGUUAUUUAUUGUGGGAUAAAUCUAAAGCUAAUUCUAUUUUUUUAAGUGUGAGAGAUUUCAAGCAGCACUGGGAGUAGGGAAAACAUGGUCUGCAGCUUUAAAUUUCAGUUGAGACUGUUGUAUUUAAUUGCACGAUCAUUUUGCAUUGAUUCAUCUGCAGGUAACGACAUAUUUUCUCAAAAAAUAAAUGUAUAUUUAUCCUCAGAGUUUGCAGUACCUAGGGUCUUGCAGUGUCCUGUAGUCAGUACUUUUUAACUGGUUUUUUCUAACUUGAACAAUCAAUAUAGCAAAAUAAAAUAUGAAUAAUUAAUAAAGUAGGCUGGAUUUUAAUGAUAACAAAAGGGUCAGGCAAUGUUAUGUAUGAUACAAGACCAGAUCUGGAAAUGUCUGUGUUUUAUGCUCUUUAUGUCUCAAAGAAAUUAACUGCUGGAUUUGCUUCAUCCAUAUUGUAUGGAGCCACUCCUAUCAGAUGCAAUAUGAAAUAUAGUUGAAUAUCUGCUUUUGUUUAUAUUAUAACCCUGUACACUUACAAAAGAAAACAUUCAGGAAUACCUUUUUAGACUGUACAUUUCUGAUGGUAAACAAUGCUUUGCCUUUAGAAAGAGUAGUGGUUAAUAAAACAACUGUCAUUAAUUAUAAAUAGGAAAAAAUCUGUAUUCUGAUUUCUAAAAGAAGAGAAGCAACUUCACACACACGCACACACACAGAGCCACAUGGCAAUAGGAUCUCAAUUAAAAAAAAAAUCUAAUCUCUCCCUUAGGUCAGAGUGAAUACUGUUAGAUAAUUAGGGAACAGACAAAGAUACUUUAAAUGAAAGGGCAGUGCUGAAUGCUGAAAUUCUGUCUGCAUGCAGUAGGCAAAACCUUUCACUCCUUUCCUGUUUGUAAAAGAAGUCCAGGUUCUUGUGCUUAGGGAAAGGAGAGAUGCGUAAGACGGUGUGGUUGCUUCUGGGAUGCUUUGUCACCAAACGUACACGUGCUGAGGAAACUAUUCCCUUUCCAUUUACAUCCUGAUCUCCCUACGCAGCAAGUGCCUGCCUUGUUUUUUAGCGGAAUGCAAGAUCUGGUAUUUACCAGCAACAGUGAAGGAGCCAUGUUUACUCCCUCAGUUCCUCAGUGACAAGAGGAGCGAUUCCCCUUUACAUACUCUUGCAAAUCUGCUAUCUGGGGAUAUUAGUAACGUCAGCAAUUUUAUUUCUAUGUAGGGUUAUUAGGAGAUAGUAGCAGUAUUAACUGCAGUGUGCUAUUAACAGGGCAAACUGCCACUUAAGUAAAAAAAGGUAAAGUUGUCCAAAUAAAACCUAAAUAAGCAUUACAGAUUUGAUCCAACACCUGUUUACAAGCUGUGCAGAGAGGCACCAAGUUACUUCCAACUUGUUUAAGGAGCUUCUAGUAUCAAGUUCUUCUAUGUUGCAUAGUUCACAGCAUACACCUAAAUGGUUUGUGUUAGCAAUAACAUGGCAAAUAUUUGAAUGCCUUGUCAGUGUAACAAUAUGCCAAACUCAUGCAAAAGUGUGACAAAACUUCCAUAUUGACUAUGGAAAAUGUUCAGGCAUCUAUAAUAAAAUGAAAUAAUGUUUGGAAAAA